AUGCCUUUGAUUACUAUUUCCGCCGCCCUGACCGAGGGAUUCAAGAAGCACGAGGUCGUCCCCGACGUCAUCGACGAGUUUGACCCCAACACUCUCCUCGAGAUCACCUACGGAGGUGAGAACGUGGUUGCCGUCGGAAACACCCUGGCCGUCGCUGACACCCAGCACAAGCCCUCCAUCCACGCCUCCUUCCCCAAGGACACCGAGGGAACCUACACUCUGGUUCUGACCGACCCCGAUGCUCCCUCUCGAACCGACAACAAGUGGUCCGAGUACUGCCACUACAUUGUGACUGGUCUCAAGCCCGGCGUUGUUGCCGAGGCCGAGGGUGCUGCUGUCGAGCUCGAUCUGUCCAAGGGCAAGGAGCUCAUUCCCUACAUGGGCCCUGGACCCCCACCAAAGACCGGCAAGCACCGAUACGUCUUUGUGCUUUACAAGGAGGGGGCCAAGUCUCCCGAGGCUCCUGCUGACCGACCCACCUGGGGCACCAACGUCCCUGGCUCUGGAACCCGGGAGUGGGCCAAGAAGAACGAUCUGACCCUGGUCACCUCCAACUUCUUCUUUGCUCAGAACACUGAGCAGUAA